AUGAAUGUAAAUCGUGAAAUUUUGGUAAUUGGCUUCGGGAUAUAUGGAUUUUCGCGAAAAUUGUGUUCAUCAUCUGUCCCGGAACCAGUGACUAACGAUUGGCAAACUGAAGUGGAAAUUCAGAUAUCACCCUCACCAGAUGUCCGAAUUGAUUUGAUAAAGAAUUGUAAAAAUGCGACAGAAACUGUCGUUAUUCAAGGGACAGUGGGUGAUGCAAAUCCAGUUGUGGCCAGUUUCAGAAAACCAGUGCCUGUACCACCUAAUGUUCUUUAUAUGGCUAGGAUGAAGUUCCUGGGAGGAUAUUGUAUUUCGGAUACGGAUGUAGAGACUUAUGCUGGCGAAAAAGGCAUCGAAACAGCGACAAUAUCAUUACCAUUUGAUGAAAAAGUCAAUUUUAAUUUCCAAACUUUUCGGAAUUACUAUGGAAGAGAAAAUAUUUGUGAUGCUGAAGGACAGCUUCCUGAGAUACACUUCCUUGUUCAGUGGCCCGAAAGAGCUCGUUAG